UCUCUCUCUCUCUCUCUCUCUCUCUCUUGCUUUUGGACUGCUAAACAGGACGUGAUAUCCAGAAAAUGAAGCUAUUUUGCAUUGUUUUGGUCAUUUACGUGUUGACUUUGACACUAUGCGGUGUGGACGGACGUGGCGGUGGUGGAACUAGCCGUGGCUUGGAGGAGCCAAUUAGAACCUACCUCAGAGCACGGCGCCAUGCCACCGACGGAGCAGCUCCAGCAGGAUCAUUCGCCAACGAGAAACCACCACCACCUCCACAAUUCAGAACGCGUCGUAAUGUCAAGAACAUGAGCAAUAAUCCAGAGGAUGGGGCUCCACAUUUGCGACCACGACGCCAGUUGCCACCACCACCUGAAGGAUUUCCACCACCGCCUCAGUUUAUGUCACCAAAACAAUAUUAAGGAUACGGUAUUAUCCACAUACAUACAUAUAUUAUAUAAAUACUAAGGCGCUUGUCUGGGUUAAGGGAAUCACAUUGGAUAUUACGAAGAAUUAAACUUGUUUAAAGCAUUCCAAAAAC